AUGCAGCAGGUAAUGGAAGCGCGGACAGCUCCGAGGUAUAUCGUUGUCGUUUUAGCCUACGCCAGCACACUGUUUGCACGCAUCGUCAAUCUGAUUCUUCCCUUGGCCUGCCCGUGUGCGCACAUCUUACAAGGGUCAUCCGAGAAGACUUCAUGGCUAGGGACCCCGACAACCACAACUUCAAUGUCACCGCGCUGUGCAAGCUCGACUGAGCGCCACGGGGCCUGCUGGCCACAGGUGUAUGAUGCCAGUCCUCGGACAAAAAAACAGGCGCUGCUGCACGGUAACACGGCAUUGCUGGUGAACCGCAAGCGGGACUGA